UUUGAAGUUUGAAUGGAGGGAGGGAGAGGAGUUGUGAGCGGAAACGCAGAGGUUAGGUACAGAGGGAUUCGUAAGAGGCCAUGGGGAAAGUUUGCAGCAGAGAUUCGUGACCCUACGAGAAAAGGUGCUAGAAUAUGGCUUGGAACGUUUGACACUGCUGAAGAAGCUGCACGUGCUUACGAUGCUGCUGCUUUUCGUUUUCGGGGUCACAAGGCCAUACUCAACUUCCCUAACGAGUAUGGCCACACCACUCCUAAUAAUCCUAACAUCUUUUCAACUUCACAAACUCUUCAUUCUUUCUCUGGUGGCGAGGGUUCUUCGCAGCAACACCGAAAUGGUGCUGCAACUUUUGAAUUGGAGUACUUGGACAAUAAGUUGUUGGAAGAACUCCUUGAGGCGCCUGAUGGAACAGGCAACGACACCAAUUGAAUAUAUGCCUCUGCAUUAGACUGGUCCUGCAUGCUUUAGGUGCAUUCAUUACCAUGCAGGAAAAAAACUUGUGGCUUCUAUCCAUCUUUUUUUUUUUUUCUUCUUUUGGUUCUCUUUAUAAGCUAUUUGAUGGGUCUAAUUGUAGACUUUAGGUCACAUAAAUAAACAGAGAGAAUUAAGUUGUCCUUGAAUGUUCUCUUCAAAAGGGCGUAUCCUUUCAUCAUUUCUGAUACUGAUA